AUGCGUUUAUGGGUCGCGCUGCUUUUGUGUGUUGCAGGCGCCUGGGGCCUGAAGCUGCUGGAGGCACGCAUCCCGUCGUACGUGGUCCGCAACCAGAGCGUGACGCACCAGUGCCUGUUCGACCUGGAGGGCGAGGCGCUCUACUCGGUCAAGUGGUACAAGGACGGCCGCGAGUUCUACCGCUACGUGCCCCGCGACGCGCCGCCCGCGCAGCUCUUCCCGCUCGCUGGGGUCACCGUAGACAUGGAGAGCUCCAACGCCAGCCAGGUGGUGUACAAGACGGUGGGACUGGGCAGCUCCGGCCGCUACCGCUGCGAGGUGUCUGGGGAGGCGCCCUCCUUCCAGACCGUCACGGACCACGGGGACAUGGUCGUCGUCGCUCUGCCGGAGGAUGGCCCAGUGAUCACGGGCGCGCGGGCCCGCUACCACGUGGGCGACACGGUGCACCUCAACUGCACUUCCGGCCGUUCCAGACCUCCCGCGGAGCUCACGUGGUUCGUCAACGGCGAACAGGCGAAUUCCAGCGUGCUGGUGGGCCCCGAGGUGGUGGGCCCGGCUGACGCGGAAGGCCUGGUGUCGGCACGGCUGGGACUCCACUUCCGGUCGCAGGCGGCACACUUCCGGCACGGCGGCUCGAUGAAGCUCAAGUGCCUGGCGACGGUGGCCACCGUCUACUGGCGCAGCAACGAGGAGAGCGUGCGCGGCGACAAGCCGCAGAGGGCGCGCGUCAUGGAGAGCCGGGGAGCCGCAGCCGCCGCGCGCGGGCCCGCCGCCUGCGCGCUCUGCACGCUGCCUGCAGGUGGGUCUCACUCAAGUUCAGGGUCAAGGUCAUAA